UUCCACAUCGGACUGUAAAGAGACAAAGAGGAAAGAUGAGAUGCGGAGUUAUACUACCAGGGGCUGGCAUGGCCCCCCUUCAUCUACGCCACCGCGGCGGCGCUGCCGGUGCCGGAGCUUUUGGGUGGAUGCCGGUCAAGAACCCAGGGCUCCGAGCUGUCGGACUCAAGACUCGCGCCGCCGUGAAGGAGGGUGGCAAGGUUGGAGCGAGCUUCUAUGAUUUGCUUGGAAUCUCGGAGGGUGGGAGCUUGGAGGAGAUCAAGAGAGCUUAUAAGAAGAUGGCGAGGAAGUACCACCCGGAUGUCUCGCCACCGGACCUCGCCAGUGAGUACACGAGAAGGUUUAUUGAGUUACAGGAGGCUUAUGAGACGCUCUCGGAUCCCGGUCGCCGGGCUAUGUACGAUAGAGACCUUGCUCGAGGGCUCCAGUUUGCGCUAUCGUCAAGGAGGCGGUUCGAUCAGGAACUGGAAGAGAAAGCUGCAUGGAAGAACAGAUGGCAAGAUCAGCUUGAAACAUUGAAGAUGCGAAGCAAGCAAAGGGAUUCAAUGGAGAACUUGUCAUGGGGAGCUCGAAUGCGCCAGGCAAAGGGAUGAAUCAUUAAUGCAAGUUUGAUUGUAAAUCUGGCCCAAGUAAUGGUAUAUCACCAAAAUAAUAUACCACGCAAUAUAUAGGUUAUUCUGGUUGUAUCCAAUCUGUCACCAGAUAUAGGUCUGUUGUCUGUAUACAAGGCUUUAUUGGCAAUAAAGCCACUGUACAUAAGGGGAGAUGUUUUGCAAUGUUUGCAGUAAGGCUUGGGUAACUUACAAGGUGUGCUUGGCUGUGUUUCUCUGUGUAUAUAAUGCUGAGUCAUGUGCCUUAACCGCAACCAGGGAACGUUUGUGACUUGUGUAUGGCUAAUGAAAAGCUUUGACUAAUUGAUGAUUUUCUAA